AUGGUCUCCUCCGUCUUGGCCGUGGUGCUCGUCGCCUCCUCCUUGGCAUCUCUUGUGCAGCAGGCUUCUGCAGAAUUUCUCCGAGGCGAGAAUCAGAACAGGACGGGCGUGCAGGAGCUUUCCCUGCUCUCAGUGGCAGCUGGCUGCAGCGCCGCGGAUGAAGCUGCGAUGUCGAAGCUGGGCUCUGGAAAUGCUGACGGAACCUUCCCCAAGUACCUGGCGGUAUGUGGACAGCGGAACUACAACAUCUUCUUCGGCUUCAAUAGCCCCAACUACGUUGCCUGCAUAGAGGGAGAUACAGGCAUCAGCAGCUCCUGCGCAGAGUGCUUCGUGAAAUCUGCCAAGUACGGGGCAGACAACUGCAAGUGGAGCUGCUUGUUCGGCUCUUGGUGCGGCUCCAGCUGCCUCGACUGUGUGGCGGCCGCAACCAAGGAAACCGAAACUUGUGCCGGAGUGGCCGUGCCCUCUGCCGCUACCUGCAGGUGA